AUGUCUGAGCAGAAAUCGGGCGUACACUCUCAUGCCGAUGCGGACGGCCACUUCAGGCGCAAACCAGCUGCGUUUCGCUCCUCUAUCUCGCGUGAUCCUAACGCAGAAUUUCCGGCGCAGAAGGAUCGUUAUGUGUUAUACAUCAACUUUGGGUGUCCCUGGGCACACCGGACUAAUUUAGUCCGAUCACUCAAAGGUCUAGAUGAUAUAGUCCAGCUAGUUGUUCUCGAUCCCGAGUUGGGACCGGACGGUUGGUUCUUCUCUGGUAGAUAUGGGUCUGCGCCGGUGGAUCCUUUGUAUGGCUUCGAGAGAUUAAGCCAAUUUUACUUCAAGGCAGAUCCCAAGUAUGAAGGCCGAUACACAGUCCCAAUGCUAUGGGACAAGAAAAAAGAGACAAUUGUCAACAAUGAGAGUGGCGAGAUUGUCCGCAUGUUCUAUUCCGAGUUCGACAACCUACUUCCACAUGAGCUGCGAGAGACCCGGCUUGGUGGAAGUUUCUACCCGCCACACUUGAGAGCUGAGAUCGAUGCAAUGAACUCAUGGACUUACGACAAAAUCAAUAACGGAGUGUACAAAACUGGAUUUGCCACGACGCAGGAGGCCUAUCUAGACAACCUAUACCCGCUUUUCGAAGCACUGGAUCGGAUUGAAGACCAUCUGGCCCAGCCAGGGCAUCAGCCAUAUCUUUUUGGGAAAGAGAUCACGGAAGCAGACAUCCGAUUGUAUCCGACCAUUGCUCGAUUCGAUGUGGCUUACUAUUUGAUCUUUCGGUGCAAUCUCAAGAUGAUCAGGCAUGACUACCCGUUGAUUGACCGCUGGUAUAGAGGUUUGUAUUAUGAUGAGACCUCACGCACCCAAGGCGGAGCAUUCAAGAAGACUACAUUCUUCGAAAUUUAUAAAUUCGGGUACCUGAAGUCUUUAGGGAAGCGAUUGGGCAGCCUGCAGACGAUCAUACCAGCAGGCCCGGCUCCAGACAUCCUGCCUGCGAGCCUAUAA